AGAAAGUUUGUGUCAUACAUAAUGGAAUCAGGAUUUACCAAAGCAAACAGCAGUAAUUUGCCCAAAAUUGACGCCAUUAUGCUUGGAAAUUUUUUCGCAUUCAACGCCGACUUUUGCUCAUCGGAAUUCCGCAACGUUAAAACUUCUAUGUCAUCGCGAGCUUCAUAUGGAGAUGAUGCUAUAAGCUAUGUGCAGCUUCAGCGUGACGGCAAAGUGUGCAUUAUUAAGUGCAAAAUCUGUCCUGAGCACAAAGUUCAUGCGAAGCUGUAUAGAUGCACGCUAGUUGUUGAUGAAGAAGAGGAAAUUGUUCUAUCUGUGCAAUGUGAAGACUGUGUAGCUUCACAGGGUGGUUGUAAGCACGCAAUAGCUUUUCUAAUGUGGGUUCAUCGCCGAAGUGAGGAACCCUCAUGUACUUCAGUUGAAUGUUACUGGAAGAAAUCCAAACUAUCAAGAGUUGGUAGUAGUCUUAAAUAUAUGACGGCAAAAGAUUUAUCCAAGGGCAACCCUCUUUUACAACCAAAUUCGUCCGUUGUGCAGAAGUUUUUAGAAGAAGGAAAGAGGAGGAAAAUUCAGGAUUGUGAACUUCUUAAGUAUCAACCCACACAUAGUGUAUGUGAAAUAGAAGCUGUCUCAAUGCAUCAACUUGUGUGUAAGUUUAAAGAGAAGUGUGUUGAAGAAUUCUUAAAAAAAGUUGAAAUAUCUGCAUCUGUAAUAAAAAAAGUAGAAGAGGAAACAAGGGAGCAAUCCAAAAGCCGACUUUGGUAUGAGCUGCGGUAUGGACGAAUAACCGCAUCUAGAGGUUUUGAGGUUAGCCGCUGUAAAACAAAUGAUGGCACACUUGUAGCUCUCAUAUUAGGUGCAAAAAUACCAGACACUACAUCAAUGAAACGUGGUCGUAUGCUAGAAGAUGAAGUAAGAAAAUCUGUGGAGAAAAAACUUAAUAAAAAGAUAAAUAAGUGUGGACUGGUAUUGAACUCAACCUAUCCUAUGAUUGCUGGUUCACCAGAUGGUAUAUUUGAAGAUGGCAUAAUAGAAAUUAAAUGUCCCAAUACUAUAAAAACAUAUAAAACUUAUAUUAAAAAUGGUGAACCCACAGAAAAAUAUAAUACUCAAAUGCAAUUACAAAUGUUUCUAACAGGAAAGAAAAACUGCUUCUUCUGUGUAGCUGAUCCGGGUUAUUGCAAAAAUAAAAAAGUUGAGAUAUUAAGUGUACAAUAUGAUCCUAUAUAUAUAGAAAAUUUAAUCAAAGUUAAGUUGUUGGAGUUUUGGAAGAUUAAUAUUUAUCCUUUAUUAUUUAAUAGUAUUACUAGUAGUGUAUAA